AUGAUAAAUGGCAUUUUUCUCAGACGCGAGUUGUCCGCUGAAGAAGAGCGCCUGCACCAGCGCACUCGAAUCACCGAGGAUGUGGAGUCCACACAAGCCGUGCGUAUGGCAGAUAUCGAAGCCAGACAACGUGAUGUACAAGGGGCUGAGCAGCGCAUUCAUCGCGUACAGUUGGAUCAGGAGCGCCAGGCUACCGAGUUAACAGAACGUAUGCGGCAGCUCAACGAAUGGGAGCAGCGAGUAAACAUGGUAAAUUAUGAAUGA